CUAAAACUUUUGACUGGUAGUGUAUAUCAUUAAUUUAUGAGUAAAAAAAAACCUUAAGAUUGCCCCUUUUAAGACUAUCAAAAGUGCUCGAGUUUGAGCAUGUGUCUGUUAGGCCUUAGGCCUUCUCCAGCAAUAAUUAGAUUGAGCAAUAAAAGCCCCACUCGUGGUCUUCUUAAAUUAAACUAGUUUUUGACAGUUUGGAGCACAAUACCGUGGAGGAGUUUGGAAUGUAGGAACUCCCUCACACUUGUAUUUCAUAGGCUGGGAUCCGCACCAUGCAGCUGUUGCAAGAGGGCAUUUUUCACCAGCUGUCUGCUGAUCGCAAAAAUAAUGAUUGAUAGGCAGCUUAAACUUCUUCAAUUCAACCAUUAUUGGGUUAGGGCUCCCGAGUGGUGCACCUCUCAGUGCUAGAGGCGUCACUACAGACACCCUGGUUUUAAUCCAAGCUGUAUCACAACCGGCCGUGAUUGGGAGGCCCAUAAGAGAGAUUAAAGUAGAUGUCACACGUCAAAAUUUGAUGGAUGACCCUAUGUGAGCCUAUGUGACCGCUAUGUGAACCUAAAGGGCUGCCUGUCAGGACAUCCUGAUGGUUAGGUGGGGGUCUUUGGGUAAGGGUCCAGUUGUCAGGUCAACCGGUAAUGAUUUAUGACCCAAGCCUGAUUUAUGACCCUAUGUAAUGAUUUAUGACCCUAUGUCCUGUUGUAGCAGGCAUGCCCAUAUUUGGGCUUCCGGUCAGGACAUCCUGGCCGGGGUGGGGGUCUUUGGGGUAAGUGUCAAGCUGUCAAUGUCGUAAAUCAAAAAAAGAUCAUGAUUUAUGACCCUAUGUAGUGAUUGAUGCCCCAAUGGUUUGUAGAAAGGGGGCAUGCCCAUAUUUGGGCUUCCGGUCAGGACAUCCUGAUGGUUAGGGGGGGCUUUUUGGGGUAAGUAAGUGACCAGGUGUCAUGUCAAACUGUUCCUGGAUGUCUAGUGUUGGGGGUUGUUAAUGAACAUUUCAAAGAGGCUGGCUUUGCAGAAGCCUUAUAAAGCCCCAAAACAAUGCAUGUUUAAGAUUGUACAAGAUAAACCCCCUGAAUAUUAAACAAAAAUGACACAUAUGUCAAUUUAUGGUAUGUUAUGCUCGGCUUGUCAUGAACCCAGUGAACAAAGCAUUGAGGAAGUUCUGUGUGAAGCUCCAGAAUGUUUUAAAGGAUUUUUGGGUACGAGUGAGGGCCAUAUGUCUUACAUAUUCCAGCCGGAGGAUUCUACGGUAAAGAUCUUCAACGCCAGUGGCCCCAAACCCGUUUAUCCGGCAAAUCCUGGGAGUUUUUCUCCUGCUCUGGGCAUGAGAGAAUGGCUAAACAUCAGGCUGGCUCUUUGUAAAAUUGAACAGGUCCUGAGUGGCACAGCUGUGCCAGGCUAUGCGUUGGAAGAACAGGUCCUCGGCCGCAGUGAUCUCAAGGCUCUAAGAAUUGCUUCAAUGGACUAUAGCCCUGACAACAAAGUGACAAUUUUAGCCUGUGAAGUUUAUGAUGCGGGUAAUGCUACAAAGUCUGUCAAUUCUCCAGUAGCAUCCAGAGCAUGCAAAGAUGUCAACUUUUUUAUUCCUGUGUUUAGUUUUAAAUGGGUGGAUUAUCCAAUUUUCAUAACACUUAUGAAUAAGCUGGACAUUCUCUUCAAAAAUCGCGAACAGUUAAGGCGCUGGCCUCGACUUUUCUUGAGACAUAACCAGGACCAAAAGGCCCGACGUAGGAUGUACCCCUGGAGUGAAAACUUACCAAGUGUUGAUGAGCCUGGCAAGAGAUCCCGGCAUUUUGAUGACCAACUGGACACUGACAAUAGGGGGUGGUUGCAUCAGAUCCCUGGAUCUGUAAGAAAGGCUUCGUAAAAUACCUUAAGAAUGUAACGCUAUAAAAUGUAUGUACUAAAUAUUUUGAAUGAAAUAAAUGGUUUUAAAAGCAGAAUCUCACCACGUUAUGAACUCUCGCGUUUGUUCACUCUUAGCGCAGUCUGUCCCUGAGAAAAAAAACUUGCGCAAUGUGCGUGCGUAUGAUGUAGUGGCUGUGUGUGUGUGUGUGUUUCAAAAACAGAAAAAGGGGGCGAGGUGUUUGUUAAAAAAAUACCCUUGCAUCUGCGCUCAAGGCUCUCUAUGCAUGGGGGUCGUUUGAAACCAAGGUUUGCACUAUCUGGCAAAACAGAUGCCUAAAAGUCAUUCAGCCCAGCGAUGUCGAGACCUCCCCACCCCAGCAUCUAGAUGCUAGCCCCCGGAGAUUUUAGAAUAUCAAAAAGAUACCUAAUGUUUAGACACCCCCAAUACCCUAUGUUUGAACCAAAUGGCUGGUGUUUGAACCACAUGCCUUAGGCUUCAAAGAUAACUUUGAGGCGGUUUUAGCGCGAAAAAAUACGACACCACUAGAGUCAGACGGCUACAAAAGCUAAGCAAAACAGGUCCCCUGUUAGCUUCGUUUUAGCGCAUUUACCCUACAGCAUUCCCCCAGGAAUAGUUAUCGGACGGACCCCGUUAAAAAAGAUCAUCUGGGAAAAACCUCCUCAUGGAUAUUUCUGAAGGUUAGUUCUUGAAAUAAAUAUUUACAUAUGCUAUAUAUUAGAUUUGUUUGUUCUUGGGAAUUGUUUGAAAACGUUGUAUGUUAUAGAAAUAUUAAACAGGCCUUAGGGCCCGGAUUCUUAACGUAUAAAAUGUCAAUAUUAGCUAAAAUGAUUAGAGCUUUAAUAUUAUCUAAUGUUUUUUUAGAUUCUCAAACCUUCACUCAGAUUCUCCGAGAUAUAACUGAACUCGAACCGGCCGUAGGGUCUCCGGAACAAAUUGCUUACAUCCCAACGCCGACCCUGAAUUGUACGGAAAUACAUCCUAGAACGGGUGCCAUAGGGAGUCUACACGGUUUCUGUGAAGGAUAUGCCUACGAGACAAUUUUGCCCUACUCCCAGGAUGUAUUUACACACAAGCCGCAAACAGAGACUUUAAACGGCCUGUCAACUCCCCUGACCCAGGACCGUUGGACGCCCCCUAUUAAACACCAACGGACAAUCAGGGCCCAGAUCCACAGGUCCGCUUCACCCGAACAAUACUACUGGGAGGGUAUUCACGAGACAGCUUUACAAGGACAAGGUAUGAAUCAAUUAUCAUUUAUAUAUAUAUUUUAUUUUUAUGCCUGAAUAUGUUUAAACAUGGACUAAUGCUGUUUUUUUUUAAAUUUCAGGCUCACAAGCUACAGACCAGGCAGAUGCUAUAAUUAGGGUUGCCCAAAGACAUGUUCCCGAGUUCUCAGAGCUUCUUCAGAACAGCCCUCUUCAAAAAAGCCGAGGUAUUUAAUUAAUGUAUUGUUAAUAUAUAGGCUUAUAUCUGAAAUGUAUUUUACAUUUUUAUCAAACAUAUUUUAGGGUUAAUAACCUAUUUUUCUGUAUGUAUUAUUUUUAAUGCAGACUCCUCGCCGGCUUAUAAAGACAUCCAAGAAGCUACACAUCUAGAUCCCGAGGAGGCGCCAAAGACCCCAGUCAACAGAACAGCGAAGCUUGAUGAUUUCAAAGUUUUAAAUGACAUUUCUGAGGUAGACGAUUUGAUGUUCUGUGAAGUGGCCAACCUUAUUGAAGCGGCCAAUUCUGGUGGGGCAACAGCCUCUUGUGAAAUAGACCAAGCCGUGCUUUUCAAGGCUUUUACACAGGGUUUAAAAUCACGAAAGGCUUUACUUCAACGUCGUAUGGGUAUUCUAUUCGAACAUCAAUACAAUCAGGAUGUGUCAUUCUGGCGUAGAGAGCUGCCCCGCAUGUUAAACAACAGUAGGGUUAAAACAAGCAAAUACCUCCGUUAAAAAACACAUAUGUAAAAAAACACAAGCACACACAUCCUUAAGUAGAGAAAUGGCGCCCCCUAUAGACCUAAGCGAGACAAUUGAAACCCUCUUAGCGGAAAUCCCUACAGAGCUCCAAGAUAUAAUUAACCAUAUGAAUGAUUCUGGGCUAAUUGACAUAGGGGCUAUAGAUGAAAACCUAUUAUCCCAGAUUCCCUCCGAACUCAUUGAAAUUAUUACACGUAUGAAUGAGUCAGGGUCUGCCGAUGAAAACAGGUUAUCACAGAUACCCGAAUCAAUCAUAUCUUUAAUUACCCAGAUGAACGAGAGCCCUAGGUUUAAUUCUGCACCCCCUACACCUCUAAGCCAUCCUUUAACACCCAUGUUCGAAGAGGAAACCCAAUACGAUGUUUUUGAACAGCUGAACAAAUGUCUAUCAAAUCUGGAGCGGGAAGGUCUUGAUCACAAUGUACAGAACGAGAGCCCUAGGUUUAAUUCUGCACCACCUACACCUCUAAACCAGCCUUUAACACCCAUGUCUGAAGAGUCUGAAACCCAAUACGAUGUUUUUGAACAGUUGGACAAUUGUCUAGCAAAUCAGGAUGGGGAUGGUCUUGAUCGCAGUGAACAUGUUUUGUAUCAAAAUAAAUUCCACAAUAUUGAGGUUCGACAGUUUUUCAAUUUCGCAUGGGGGGGUCAGAUUCGGGAAUAUGCUGUGUUUUACGUAAUGCUUAUGGACACUUUGAAUGAACUGGUAGAUAGAGUUAGAGCUUAUAGCCAACCAAGGGAUACCUUACAGUUGGAAAUUUUUGGAGACAGUCUGCAGAGCCGUGUGUCGCUUAUUUUAAAUAGGGGUGAAGCAGAUCUUGAUUAAUUUGUUAACCUGCUAGAACGCCUUGUUCAGUCAAAUUUAAACGUGCUAGCAGAUAGGACCCUCAAACUUGUAGUACAAUUAGUCCGGCCACCACAAGGGGGCGGCGGGCAGAGACCUAAACUCGAUAGCCUGAUGCAGUCCGAAAUCAUAAGCAAUAAAAAGGCCUACCUCAUAAUCGUUCACAAUCAUGGUAAUAAGCUAUGCUUUGCCAUAGGUUUGGCCCACUUACUCAGCCCAGGAUGUACAGAGCGCGAAGCGUUACAGAAAGCUCAAGAGCUACAAAAGGCUGUGGGUUUAGGUAUACAGGAGGCUGUGGCUUUCUCCGACAUAGGCAAAUUUGAAAACUUUCUGAAUAUCAAGAUUGUGGUUUUGUACCACAGUAGAGCUAAUGACGCUCUCUUGAAGUUCCAAAAUAUACAAGAGCCACACCCUAAGACUAUGUACUUUUAUGUGCAAAAUGAGCAUUACUAUGCCGUAACUAACAUCACAGCAUUUUUAGGCGCCCCAUAUGUCUGUCCAGCCUGUCAUACCGGCUACACCCGCAAGGGGGGGCACUCGUGCCGUUAUAACUGUUCAGUGUGUCUGGAUAAACAUUGCCCUAUGCAACCGCUAAACUUGACACCCUGUGAGGAUUGUCACCGCACAUGUCGUUCGGCCUACUGUUACGAAAAACACAAAACUGAAACAUGGCACCCCAAGGCCUGUAAAUCUGUAAGCAGUUGUGACAUUAACAAGAAAUGUCCAAAAUGUCAUUGCAAUUACAACCUUAAAAUAGACAGCCCUAAACCCCAUGUUUGUGGUAUUCUACAUUGCCCAAUCUGUAAAGGGCCCUUGAAAAGCAGAGACGCAGAACUUGUUCAAGAAGUAACACAUGAGUGUUACAUUCAGCCCUUGGCUGAAGAUGAACAUACAGAGAAAUAUGUUUUUUAUGAUUUUGAGACAAAUCAGCAAUCAGGGGUUCACUUGCCUAUUUUUGUAUCUACCAUGACUUUCACCGGUGAAAAGUGGUCGGCCGAGGGGCCCGAUUGCGCCCGACUCUUUCUAAAACAUUUUAGAAAGGCCCAGUACAGAAACUUCACGUUUAUUGCUCACAAUGCGCGAGCCUAUGACUCCUAUCUGCUUCUGAACCCUUUGAUACAGCAAGGCGUGGCGCCCAGUGUCAUUGCUCAAGGGAGUAAAAUCUUAUGUUUUGUUGACCACGCCUUCAAACAGAGAUACAUUGACAGCUUAAGCUUCUUACCCAUGAGAUUGGCUCAAAUGCCAGAGGCCUUGGGUUUUGAAAACUCGGUCAAAGGCUAUUUCCCCCACUUCUUCACAUCUGAGGAGAAUCUACAUUAUAUAGGAGCUUAUCCAGCCCCCGAAAUGUACGGUUGUGAUCAAAUGUCUCCCAAAGAGCGUGAGAAAUUCAUGACGUGGUACGAGACAGUAAGACAUGGAACUUUUGAUUUUCAUAAAGAGAUGAAAUCAUACUGUGACAAUGACGUGGUUAUACUACGUGAAGGAUGCCUCAGAUUCAGAGAAGAGGUAAUCAAAGAUGCAGGCAUUGACCCCUGGAGCUGUACAACUAUUGCAUCCGCGUGCAUGAAAACCUAUCGUACACACUAUCUAACUCCAGCAUCUAUAGCGAUCCCAUCGCCAGACAACUACCGACGACAAUUCAAGGCCUACUCUAGUGGCUCCAUUCAAUGGUUGGAGUACCUAGCCCAGGAUAAAAAUGUUUUUAUCCAACAUGCUUUGAAUCGGGGGGAGAAGGCUUUUGGGCCUUACCAUGUAGAUGGAUACACACAGAUUGACGGUGUUGAGACAGUGUAUGAGUACAACGGCUGUUUCUUCCACGGUUGUAAAUUAUGCUUUGUCCCCCAGGCCAUGUGUGUCCUAACCCAAAAGACUUUUGGGGAAAUGUACCAAGAGUUUCAAGACAAACUGAAUUCUUUAAAGGCUACAUACGGGUUAAAAGUUGUGGUUUUGUGGGAACACGAAUGGACAGCCCUGAAAAAGGCGGAUCCUCAUGUUCAGGCCUUCCUUACCCAAUAUGACCCUCCAGAGCCCCUGGAACCGAGACAGGCCUUGUUUGGAGGCAGGACCAAUGCUUUGACAUUGCGUUAUGUAGCUCAACCCGACGAGACAAUAGGCUAUGUAGAUCUUACAUCCCUAUAUCCUCAUGUAAUGAGUUCCUCAUGCUAUCCUAUAGGGCAUCCUGAAAUUAUUCACAGCGACUUUGACGAACCCCAAAAUUAUUUUGGUUUAAUCAAGGCGACUGUCUACCCUCCUAGGGGUCUGUUUAUACCUGUGCUGCCUUACAAGGUGUCUAAAGGAAAACUUUUCUUUCCCCUUUGUCGCACAUGCUGUGAACACAACAACCAGGAAAACCCAUGUGAUCACUCAGAUCAAGAAAGAGCCCUGACCGGUGUCUGGGUCACCGUUGAAUUCUCUAAGGCUUUGGAGAAGGGGUAUCGUGUGGCCAAAAUCUUUGAAGUGUGGAACUUUUCCAGGAAAUCAGACACACUUUUUAAAGAGUACAUCAAGACCUUCUUGAGAUGCAAGCAGAUGGCUUCAGGCUAUCCAGCAUCUGUCACAGAUCAAGAGAGUAAAGAGAAGUACAUUCAAGACUACCAUGACAGAGAAGGCAUACUUCUUGACCCUGACAGAAUACAGGUCAACAAAACCAAAAGAAAUGUUUCGAAAUUGUACUUGAACUCCCUUUGGGGGAAGUUAGCGCAGAGAAGCAAUAUGCUAACAACUUCGAUCAUUAAAGACCCGGAAGAAUUUUUGGAAUUUGUUUUUUUCGGACCAAUGCGAAAUUUCACAUUUUUCAUUCUUGAGUCAAGACAUUGCCUUGGUGCAAUGGCGUCGCAACCCAAAGUGGGUUCUACCCCCAGGUAAUGUAAAUGUGUUUCUUGCAGCAUUUACCACAGCCUAUGCCCGACUUGAACUGUACACCCUCAUGGAACAGCUUCAGCGGCGGGUUUUUUACCACGACACAGACUCUGUGGUCUAUUUAAGCAAGCCGGGGGAUUGGAACCCCCCACUUAGCAACUAUCUUGGGGGUUUAACUAGUGAACUCGCCGAGGGUGACCAUAUCACAGAAUGGUCCUCAUGUGGGCCCAAAAGCUAUGCUUUUAGGACUAAAGACAAUCACGUGGUGUUGAAAGCCAAAGGCGUGACUCAAAACUACGAAAAUGCCCCGCGUGUAAACUUGGAAUCAAUCACGCGUUUGGUCGACGGGUUCGUAAAUGACAAGAAUAGUGACUUGGAGAUUUUGACCUCCUACAACAAAAUAGUGAGGGAUAAAAAGGGGUUCCAUCUAAGAAACGCCCCACUCACUAAAAGAUUCAGGGUAGUCUAUGACAAGAGACGGCUAUUGCCUGACGGUACCACAUUGCCCUUUGGCUACUGACUUAGGCUACAAGCCCCAGUGUGUCUUAAAGCUUAACCUGUUGAGGAUGGGGGCGCUGUUGAGACUAUUUAUGCUAAUUGGGUAAUUUUUGAAACGGCUUCCCACAAAAUCCUUGAUCGUACAAUAUGCAUAUUAUUAUUAUUAUUAGAUAGAAAACAGUCUAUAGUUUCUAUAGGAGUUGAAAUUUUGUCUCUAAGUGGAACAGAGCCCAUUCUACAGCAAUUUCCCUGACAUGGAGUCAGAUUUGAGAAAUGUUGGCCACUGUUCUGAAGUCAGUUAAAAGGGCACUGUUAUUGCUAUGACUAUACGGACACUUCUUACGUCUUCCCCUGGAUGCCUUUACGUGAUGACGAUUCCAAUGGGGUCGAUUGCGCGUUCACAGGCACUACAAAUGAAAAAACCCUGAGGCUAGCAAGUCUUUUCUUGGUGCGUAACGCGCGUGGAGGACUCCGACCCGCUCCUGUUCCAAGCGUUAGUUUAGCCUGUUAUAUUUCUCCGGUCAUCUUUUCACUCGUUAUAGGAGUUAAAAACAUCAUAAGGUAGUUAAUUUAAAGCGUUUUAUAGCAAUUUAUAUCCGUUUAGUGCGAUUUUGGGACAUUUAUUUUUGAAACGAUGUGAAUAGCUGGGCACGCUUUACAAUUCAUCCCGAACGCAGUUGGCAUUUCCACAUGGCAAGAGGACAGCUUUCCACCAAAAGACGAUUACUCCCAAGAAAGGAUCCUUUGCCCAAGAUACUGAUGGAAGAACAGCUCAAGGUAGGACAUUUUUAUUAUGAUAAAUCGUGUUUCUGUCGAAACAUUUUAGUGGCUUAGGACGCCAUGUUUUUUGACGUAGCUUCGCUUGGCGCAAACUGUAUUGAAAAGUAAGGAUAAAUUAAAAAAUGUAAUUCCGCAAUUGUAUUAAGAAUUAAAUUGUCUAUCAAUCCCUGUCCACCCUAUAUUUUUUAGUCACGUUUAUGAGUAUUUAUGUAUAAGAGUAGAUCACUGUCUAAGUGGCGCAAGGACAUUUUGUGACCAGCUGAGCUACAUUUCACAUUGUCUAACCAUGAUUUUGGUGGCUAAAUAUAAACAUUCUCGAUCAAACUCUAUAUGGAUUGUGUAAUAUGAUGUUACAGGAGUGUCAUCGGAAGAAUUCUGAGAAGGUUAGUGAAAAAAUUAAUAUCUUUUGGCGAUGUUGACUUUUAUCGCUCACUUUGGCUAGAAUCAAUGCUGGGCUGCUAUGUGCUAUGUGCUAUGCUAAUAUAACGAUUUAUUGUGUUUUCGCUGUAAGACACUUAGAAAAUCUGAAAUAUUGUCUGUAUUCACAGGAUCUGUGUCUUUCGAUUCGUGUAUGCUGUGUAUUUUUACGAAAUGUUUGAUGAUUAUUAAGUAGGUAAACACGUUGCUCUAAGUAGUUUUUCUAUUCCAUUUGUGACGGUGGGUGCAAUUGUAACCUAUGCCAUCUACCUGAAAUAUGCACUUUUUUCUAACAAAACCUAUCCCAUACCAUAAAUAUGUUAUCAGACUGUCAUCUGAUGAGAUUUUUUGUUGGUUAGGGGCUAUAAAUAUCUUAGUUUAGCCGAAUUGGUGAUGGCUACUGGUGUUGGUGGACAAAUAAAAGAUGGUGGAUUAUGCUAAUGUGUUUUUAGGUAAUAGAUGUACAUCUUUACAUAUUGUGUCUUCCCUGUAAAACAUUUUAAAAAUCGGACAUGUUGACUGGAUUCACAAGAUCUGUGUCUUUCAUUAGCUGUAUUGGACUUUAA